CCACUUAUAGACUACAGUUGUUCCUCAGUAAACACCCCCCCCUCCCCCGGCCCAAUUCUUGACGUUCCAGCGCCGACGGCUUCUCUGAGUAGAUAAUGGAAAACAAUCCGUCCGGUUCUCCAGCGAGCUUCGUCGAUCAGUUAGUCGUACCAGGGGAUGUGGUUCUCGAUCUCAACAGCAUGACUAACCAAACCAUUAAGCUCGGCGGGGGUCUCCGUCAGGACUGUGAUGCUAUUGCCGUUACGAAGGCAGGGAAGCUGAGGUGCUCAAAGCCAAACAAGUACUGGGUCGAAAGCUCCCAGAAAAGGUAUGAGCCUCAUGCAGGGGAUUCUGUUCUUGGAAUUGUCGUAGACUCUAAAGCAGAUAACUUUCUUGUGGACAUUAAAGGACCUGCUUUGGCAUACUUACCUGUGCUUGCAUUUGAAGGAGGAACUAGGAGAAACAUACCAAAGUUUGAGGUAGGUACUUUGCUCUAUGUUCGGGUUGUGAAGGCAAACCCUGGCAUGAAUCCAGAGCUCUCAUGCACUGAUGCCAGUGGGAAAGCAGCAGAAUUUGGCCAGCUUAAGGAUGGUUAUAUGUUUGAAUCUUCGACUGGUCUAUCAAGAACUCUCCUGAGCUCGCCAACUUGUCCCGUUCUUGAUGCUUUAGGGAAGAAGCUUUCCUUUGAGAUAGCAGUUGGAUUGAACGGCCGUGUUUGGGUUAAUGCCACCUCUCCAUCUGCAGUCAUUGUUGUUGCCAAUGCAAUUAUGAACUCAGAAUCGUUGAGUGCGGUACAGCAGAGAAUUAUGGUGGAGAAAUUGCUUCAGAAUUUGAAGUUAUCAACGUGAAAAUUAAAGAAGUGCAUGCUCUGUAGCUGUCAAAUCUACCGAAUGUUGAAGAGCAUGGUGACGUGGGGUUACGAAGACAACAAAAUUUCUACGCAAGCCGAUGCUCACAUAAUCUUGAGCAUUGGCCCUCUCUGCUUAUUCUGUCCACCCGUCAUAGAAUCCCAUAUGAAAUGAGUUGUCAAUACAUUACCGUUGUGGGUUUUAUUUUUAUGUUAUCCUUAGACCUCAAAGUUGUAUUCAAUUUUGCAUUACUUCGAGGCAGAUUAAUUUAUAAGAAUGGAUCUUAUUUUUUUGUCUUUCUGCAGAGCGGUCUCUAGUGAAUUUGGAUGUACUUCCAAAUGUUUUGGAAUUUGGAUUCAGUUCUGCCUAAACUUCUACUUGUCUGCACUAAAGAGCUAAUAAAACUCUAGUUGGCACU